AGCAGAAUUUCUACUUGAUCUUACGAAAAGUCUAUUCAUGAAGCAGAUAAUACUCUCUCCAACCAGGCACAAAAAAAAAAAAACCUGGACCUUUGUUUUACAAACAAUAUGGAAAUUAUCCACAAUAUAAAUAUAUCACUGACAAUAUUCUCAGACCAUAACAUGAUAUAACUUCCUUUCUGUAGGAUCUAGCCCUAGAAUUGAUGAUCUUUACCCCGCAACAUUUUAAAGACAGCAUAUCCCUGUCAGACACUGGACCUCAGCUUUUGGAAUCUCUUGCACAGUUCAGGAACAAGUUUUCUUGAGAUUAUCCUUUUAUAUAUACGUCCUUUGAUCUUUGGUACUGAGGUUUUUCGUAAUCUAAUGGUGAUCUCUGACUCAUAGUAGAUGGGUAUAAUUUGAGACACAUUGCUUUGAAAGGGUGUUUGUAACUGGUAUCUCUUUGUAAUUUGCACUUGCUCAAGUUAGGGUUGGCACAAAACUGAGAUGCAAAGUAGCCAUUCAUGCUGCAAGGACAUUAGUAAGCAUUCUUGCUGAAGAUCCUAAGGUAGUUUGCACAUUUAACUUUUUAAAAAGAAAAUGAAAAACGUCUUUAAUUUGGUCAGACAUAAUGUUAUUCUCAGCUCAGUGAAAGAAAGGGCUCAAGAGCUCUUCCACUUCACUUGGCAAACUUACUUAUCAAUUCUUUGGGAGAGAAGUGCAUCCUUUCUGUAUCAGGAGUUUAACAAGGCGACUCACUUGAUUCUGCACUAUUUUGCCCAGAGCAUCGAUGAUAUAUUUAGGCUGGAUUCCGACUUAAAUUUGAACGUCUGCUUGAUGAUGCUUGUUUAGGAGAGAUAGGAUCUUUACUACAACGAAGUUAACGUUAAAUGACCUUAGCUGUAGAGGUCUUGAAGUAAAUGUUUCUAAAUAUAUUUUUAUUAUUUAUUUCAUAAAAUGUAUUUGUAAAACUAUUCCAUCAUAGCUGAACAUCCAAUGACGCUCUCGCCACUGACCGCUAUGAUACUUGCAUAGUGCAGUGUUGAUUAUGAUGAUGGUAGCAAGGAUGUUGUUGGCACUCCGUCGCUUACGACGUCGAGGGUUCCAGUUGAUCCGAUCAACGGAACAGCCUGCUCGUGAUAUUUACGUGCAAGUGGCUGAGCACUCCACAGACACGUGUACCCUUAACGUAGUUCUCGGGGAUAUCCAUCGUGACACAGUGUGAUAAGGCUGACCCUUUGAAUGACAGGCACAACAGAAACAGGAAGUAAGAGUGAGAGAAAGUUGUGGUGAAAGAGUACAGCAGGGUUCGCCGCCACCCUCUGCCGAAGCCUCGUGGAGUUUUAGGUGUUUUCGCUCAAUAUACACUCACAACGCCCGGUCUGGGAAUCGAAACCGCGAGUCCGCUGCCCUAACCACUGGGCCAUUGCGCCUCCACAGGUAGCAAGGAUGAAGAGCAAUCAAAUGAUAUCUUUUCGAAUAUAGAAUAUUGAGUUACUUCCCCUGAAACGUUAUUGCUUAAUCUUCCUCAAUAAUUCUGUUGAUUUCCUGCUAUUGUUUGACACACAUCUACGUUUGUCAGCUUCAGUUUACAUUUACGUAAAGAAAUAGAUACAGCAUUCUUUGUUAUGUUUUCCUGUAAAUGCAAAUCAACGUUCGCCAUAAAGUCUAAAAAACAUUCUUGGAAGCAGUCACUGCCAAAUCUGCCUUAAGUUCUGACAACUUCAACAUAUUCUGCCACUUCCUAUUCGCUCCUCCUACUCCUCAUGAUGCAUUGCGCGAUAACAUCUUCCUCAUAUAAUAUCAGCUGACAGUGGAAUAGAAGAAUUUUUCAUUUGACGUGCAUCAAUAUUUAUUUGAGAGAUUAAAGGAAAAUGUUAUGCAGAACAGAUAUAACCCUGUUUAUAUGGGAGAAUUAUUGCAAAAUACUUGCUUUGAACUGAGAUUAAUGGCAAAAUUUCUCUACUGGAGUAUCUGGAUGAUUUUGAAUUCUAUUUAAACUUGGAUGACAAAAGAGUUUCCAGUAUUUUCAAAUACUGACAAAGGUAACAGUUGAUGGAAAUGUAACCAAAAUAUGUAGGAACAUAUGAAAUAAAAAAAAAAAAAACAAGAAAAGAUAUAAACAUUUGCAAAUUGCGAGAGGAGGAGGAAAAUUCUGGAAAGCAAAUUAGGUGAAAAGCUUAAAUGUAAAAUACAGUCUAAAAGAAUGAGUUUUCCUGAUGAUGUAAAGAUUGAGGAAGGAAAAACAUUAUACCACUGUGAUAUCCUUAAAAAGUCAUUCUCACAAACCAUUAACAAUCGUAUUCGUACAGGAGAAAAACCAUAUCAUUGUGAUAUCUGUGGUAAAAUAUUUUCUCGAAAUGAUCUCAUAACUAGACAUAUACGUAUUCAUACAGGAGAGAAACCAUAUUGCUGUGAUAUCUGUGGUAAAUCAUUCUCUCAAAAUAGUGAGUUAAUUUCUCAUAAACGUGUUCACACAGGAGAAAAACCAUUUUGCUGUGAUAUCUGUGGUAAAUCAUUCUCUCGAAAUGAUCUAUUAACUAAACACAAACGAAUUCAUACAGGAGAAAAGCCAUAUCGCUGUGAUUUAUGUGGUAAAUCAUUCUCUCAAAAUGAUCACUUAACUACUCACAUACGCAUUCAUACUGGAGAGAAGCCAUACAGCUGUGAUAUAUGUGGUAAAUCAUUUUCUCAGAAGGAUAGCUUAACUGUACAUAGACGCGUUCAUACAGGAGAAAAACCAUAUCACUGUGAUAUAUGUGGUAAAUCCUUCUCUCAAAAUGAUCAUUUGAAUAAACACAAAAGGAACCAUAUAGAAGAGAAGCCAUAUUGUUGUGAUAUCUGUGGUAAAUCAUUUUCUCAAGGACAUAACUUAACAAUACACAAACGGAUUCAUACAGGAGAGAAACCCUACAGCUGUGAUAUUUGUGGUAAAUCAUUCUCUCAAAAUAGUGUAUUAACUUCUCAUAAACGUGUCCACACAGGGGAGAAGCCAUAUCACUGUGAUUCUUGUGGUAAAUCAUUCUCUCGAAAUGAUCUCUUAACAAAACACAAACGCACCCAUACAGGUGAGAAGCCAUAUUGCUGUGGUAUUUGUGGUAAAUCAUUCUCUCAAAAUGAUCACCUAGCUAAGCACAAACGUAUCCAUACAGGAGAGAAGCCAUAUCACUGUGAUAUCUGUGGCAAAUCAUUUUCUCAAGCACAUAGCUUAACUAUACAUAAACGCAUUCAUACAGGAGAGAAACCCUAUUGCUGUGAUAUUUGUGGUAAAUCAUUCUCUCAAAGUGAUAAUCUAACUAAACACAGAUGGAAUCACAUUGGCGAGAAACCAUAUCACUGUGAUAUCUGCGGUAAAACAUUCUCAUAUGGACAUACACUAACUAGACACAAACGCAUUCAUACAGGAGAGAAACCGUAUUGUUGUGAUGUCUGUGGUAAAUCUUUUUGUCAAACAAGUCAGCUAACUAUACACAAACACAUUCAUACAGGAGAGAAGCCAUAUCACUGCGUUAUCUGUGGUGAAGCUUUCUCCCAUCCAUAUACUUUAACUACUCACAUACGCAUUCACACAGGGGAGAAACCAUAUCACUGUGAUAUCUGUAGUAAAUCAUUCUCUCAAAAAGAUACUCUAACUGCACACAAACGCAUUCAUACAGGAGAGAAGCCGUAUCAUUGCGACGUCUGCGAUAAAUCAUUCUCUCAAAAUAAUCACUUAAUUAGACAUAAACGUAUUCAUACAGGAGAGAAGCCAUACUGCUGUGGUAUCUGUGGUAAAUCAUUCUCUCAAAAUGGUGAAUUAAUUCGGCACAAACAAAUCCAUACAAGUGAGAAGCCAUAUCACUGUGACAUUUGUGGUAAAUCAUUCUCUCGAAAUGAUCUCUUAACAAAACACAAAAAUAUUCAUACUGGUGAGAAGCCAUAUCUCUGUGAUGUUUGUGGUAAAUCAUUCUCUCAGAUCAGUCACUUAACUAGACACAAAUACAUUCAUACAGGAGAGAAACCAUAUCAUUGUGAUAUUUGUGGCAUAUCAUUCUCUCAAAAAAGUAACUUAGUUGCACAUAUAUGUACACGAACUCAAGAAUAACUGUAUCAAUGUCAAAAUUCAGGUCUUUAAGUAUAUGACAGGAAAUGUACUACUUAAUUAUUCUUGGUCUAAUUAAUUCUUUUUUCCCCUUUA